UGCUUUAGGGUUGGGGUGUUUUUCCCCAUCUCGGCUGCCUUAGGCGGGUCGGGCUGCCCAGGAAAGAGGAGGGGAAAGGGGAAAAAAACACUCGAAGGGGAGGGUCCGGAAGAGGAAGCCCUCCCCAACAGGACAGUUCCUGAGCUGACCGCGAAGAAAGGACAAGCCUCCCGGCUUUGGGCACGCCUUUCCCAGAACCCACCGAGCCAUGUUCCACCUCCGAAGGCGCUGGUGGACUCUGGUUGCCUCAGCUUCGUGGUGCCCACCACAGGUAUGUGCAUCUUUUGCUACAGGUCCCAGACAGUUUGAUGGGACAUUCUAUGAAUUUCGUACUUAUGUCAUACAACCAGAAAAGAUGAAUGAAUUCCUGGAAAACACUAAUAAACAUAUUCACCUUCGUACAGCUUGCUCUGAAUUAGUUGGAUAUUGGAAACAAGAGUUUGGAGGAGAUGUGAUGAAUAAAGUCUUUCAUAUUUGGAAAUAUGAUGAUUUUGCUCAUCGAGCUAAAGUUCGGGAAGCCUUAGCCAAGGAUAAAGAAUGGCAAGAAAAAUAUAUUUCCCAAAACCUACCAUUUAUUGUCCAACAGAAGAAUGAAGUAGCUUAUCUAGUACCAUGGUGCAAAAUAACAAAGCCUCCUAAAGAAGGGGUCUAUGAACUUGUCACCUUUCAUAUGAAACCUGGUGGCCCAGCUCUAUGGGGUGAAGCCUUUCAAAGCGCAGUGAACAGCCAUAUCCAAGUAGGCUAUUCAAAAUUGAUCGGAGUUUUCCACACAGAGUAUGGAACACUUAAUAGAGUUCAUGUUCUUUGGUGGACUGAGACACCAGACACUCGAGCAGCUGGAAGACACAGAGCCCAUGAAGAUGCCCGAGUGGUGGCAGCCGUCCGGGAGAGUUGUACCUACCUGGAAUCUCAAGAAAAUGUGCUUCUCAUUCCAACAGCAUUUUCACCACUAAAGUAAUUUUUCUGCAGAAAUAAGAAGAUACUUACUAUAUCUGCAUUAUACCAACAGUCUCUAAUAAAGUUCCUUAAAUUCA